GCCUGGGCUCAGGGGCUUGGGGAGGACGGGGGUGGUGGGGGGCGAGCGAAGCAGCGAGAAGCCAACGCCGCGGAUGAGAGCAGAAAGCCGCACCUCCCAGGAGCUGCGGGAGCGAUGACAGCAGAGCCGCGGAGUGAAAGCAAACUGAAAACAUUAGUGCAGAAGCUACACGAAUAUCUUGCUCAAUCAACAGAACAAGCUGAAGAGACCCUGUCCUCUCCAGACCUAUGUGUAAAUCAAUUUUCAGAUAGAGGGAACACAGCUCCCAUUUCAAUUUCAACUCAGAUGGAGCAUAAAGAGGUCUCCCACCGAAAAUCAAAGUCUUCGGGAUCAUCCCACUCAAGAAGGAAACCCUCAUUUGUGACAAAGCACAUUGUGUCAGAUGAUGAAACAUCAAAUGAGACUGCUUCUGGCUGCGAGAAACUGACUUCAAAUAUUGAGGACACGGAUAAUUUAGAUGUGAAUUGUCUGCCUAAAGGCACGGUAGUUGUACAGCCUGAACCUGUAUGUGAUGAAGAUAAAGAUAACUUUCGAGGACCUGAAUUUAGAACCAAAAAUCCUAAGAACAAAAUGGAAACAACAAAGAAACGUGGAGAUGAGAAUCUGCAUGGAAUAGUCAGUUGCACUGCUUGUGGGCAGCAGGUAAACCAUUUUCACAAGGAUUCAGUUCAGCGGCAUCCUGCAUUGAAAGUUGUCAUAUGUAAGAGCUGCCAUAAGUACUACAUGAGUGAUGACAUUAGCAAAGAUGCUGAUAAUAUGGAUGAACAGUGCAGAUGGUGUGCUGAAGGUGGAAAUCUGAUUUGUUGUGAUUUUUGUCACAAUGCAUUUUGCAAAAGCUGCAUAUUGCGCAACCUGGGUAGAAAGGAACUAUCAAAUAUUAUGGAUGAAAACAAAAAGUGGUACUGCUACGUGUGUAAUCCAGCGCCUUUACUGGAUUUGGUCACAGCUUGUGAUAGUGUAUUUGAGUGCCUUGAUCAGCUUUGGCAACAAAACAGAAAGAAGAAAGACUUUGAAAAGUUUAAAUUUGACACUGGAAAAUGCAAGUCUCCAGGCCUUCAUGACAGUGAUAGAUCUGUAGAUCAGGAUUAUAAAAGAACUCCAAGAAAUUCCAGUAAAGAUUGUAAUGGACAGGAAAAGGAUAUAAGUUCGUUGAAGACCCUUUCUUCGGGAUCUGGAGGUAUUACAUAUUCUUACAAGGCAUUGAAAGUGCCAAAAGACAUUCUGAAGAAGGCUCGCAAACUAAUUGAUACGACAGCUAACUUGAAUAUUAGCUUCGUAAAUUUUUUAAAACAAAAGGAGUUGGGUGAUUCUGUAUCUAGUGUAAGCAUGAGACAGUUGAAAGCAUUUAAGUCUGUGCUCGGUGAUCUAAAGAAAGUGCAUCUUGCAUUGGAAGAAGUUGUAGAUACAGAGAUUCAAGACUUAGAAAUGGAACAAAAAAAAUCUGAAUCCUUACAAGAUUCUGUUAGCAAAGAUGACGCACAAAUGUCAACUAAAAGUGAGAAUUAUUUAUUACCAAAUAAGCCAAUUGCGGAAAAUUCGGUUUUAGCAGCAGACACAUCUGAUCAAAUGGAAGUGUCUUUGGUUUCGAGUGAACAUGACAAGACUGAAGAUGAAAAUAUCAUACCUGUAGGAAAAACUGAUACGUUAAUGCUUAAUCCAGCAAUAGACGGUGUUGAAAAUGACUGUUCAUUAAGUGAGUUCAAAAAUGCAGCUGAUGCUGCAGAUGAAAGUACAAGCCUGGGCCUAGAAUCAGAAAUGGUAGAUGAAACUUUGCUUAACAGUUUAGAUGAGGCUUUUCAUAUGGGAUGUGCUUCUUCACCUACUGGAGAUUUGUCUGCGGUUUCUGACCCAUUGUUACCAGAUUUGGAAACAGUGAAUAAUUCUGCAAGUGACAGCAUAAUGCUUGAUGCUGUGUUGCCUAAGGCAACUAUUAAAAGUGACAAUAACUUGCAAAAAUCAUCAGAGUUUGACACUAGUUCUAGUCCAGUGAAGCAUGAACUUUCAACAAAUUUGACCCCAGUUUCAUUGAAGAGGAGUAAAAAAACAACAAAAGGUAUACGUAAGAAAAAAUUGCCAAAGAGGAGCAAACAAAAGGUGCCCGAAUCUGUGGCUGAGGCUGCAGCGGACAGUGAUGAAGCCAAGGCUGUGGGGAACAGUGAUGAUGCAGCAGAGUCUGCUGGGGAUGGUAGUGCAGCUGAGUCCGCUGGGAAUGGAGAUGGUGGAGUCGAGUCUGCUGGGGAUGGAGACGGUGGAGUCGAGUCUGCUGGGGAUGGAGAUGAUGGAGCCGAGUCUGCUGGGGAUGGAGAUGGUGAAGCUGAGUCUGCUGAGGAAGGAGAUGGUGAAGCUGGGGCUGCAGGAGAUGGGGAUGGUAUAGUUGAGACUAUACCGGAUGUAGAUGGUAUAGCUAAGACUGUACGGGAUGUAGAUGAUACAGCUAAGGCUGCAGGAGAUGGGGAUGGUAUAGCUGAGACUGUACGAGAUGUAGAUGGUACAGCUGAGGCUGCAGGUGACGGAGAUGGUAUUGCUGAGACUGUAUGGGAUGAAGAUAGUGCAGUUGAGGCUGCAGGGGAUGAUGGGAGUGACGCUGAAGCAAUGAGGGAUCACAGUGAUGCUGGCUUUCCAGAUAAUGAGAGUGGUAAGGAUGUUGCAUUAGAAUCAAUGGAUGAUGAAAACCACGAUGCUGGGGACGACAGCAAUGGUGAUACUGUGGACAAUGUCAGUGGUGCAGAUGAUUUGAUUAAAAACAAAAAGCUUGUCACUAGAUCUCAAAAGGGCAGUGCAAAUUUUUCAAAAAAAAGAAAGAAAAAAUCUAAGGAUGAAAGUGGAAAUGAUACUGCAAAUGAUGCUACAAUUGAUGCUUCGGUUCUAUCAGACACUGAUACAAAGCGGUCACCUCGCGUAAAGACUACACCCUUGAGACGCCCUGCAGGGACAGGGAUUGUUAACUCCAGAUCUGAGGAAGACACUGAAAGUGGUGGUGGCAAAAAAAGAAGGAAAUCAAAAAGUAAACCCAAGGACAAUGAAAAAAUUAAUUCUUCAGCAAAAGCCAAGGCUGUCCGAUCAAAAACAUCUAAUAAAAAUGUCAAGUCUGAUUCUGAUAAAUCAGAUGCAUCUCAUAAAGUUGGUGUGCAAAUUACCUCUGACUCUGAUGAAAUACCAGAAGUACUUAGAAAGGCAGCAGUGAAGCGUGAUAGUUCAUCUGAUGCAGAUAACAAAAACAGUGAUUCAUCACAGAAAAUUAUUAAAAAGGCUAGUUUGUUUGGUUUGAGAAAGCGCAUGCCACGAGUAAAUAACACGGAUACCGUUAAACGAAAGAGGAAGUGUUCAUCCUCCAGCUCAGAUUUCAGUGGAAAGCCAAGAAAAAGAACUAGUAAAAGAAUUAAUGUUGCCAAUAAAAAAAGACGACAUAAUUCUGACUCCUCCAACUAUGAUUCUGACCUAGAAAAAGAAAUAAAGAACUUGAGUAAAAUCAGUGCAGCAAAAAAAUCAACUUCAAAGAAAUCCAAAAAGCAAGCAACACAGGAUGAUGGGGAUGAUUCAUCCAAAGAUAAUGAGAAAGUUGCAACAAAGUCUGCUCAAGAAAAGACAAAAUUAAAACGCAAGAAAAAAACUAAGGAAAGAAAGCAGACCUCUUCAUCCUCGUCAGAUGACGAUGAAGCUGCUGAACAAGCAGACAAGCAUGAUCUUCCUGGAGAAGGAAGCAUUGACGAACAAAAGAUACAACCUAUCAUGGAAAACAUUGUGCUUGCUACUGGAUCUGGAUUUUGCCAGUCAUCAGGUGAUGAAGGAGAAGGCAAUUCAAAAAAUGUCACCCAGUGUGCCAGUGAUGACUGUGAUGAUGAUCCUGAGAAUAGAAUUGCCAAGAAAAUGCUGUUAGCGGAAAUAAGUGCAAAUCUAUCAUCCAACAAUGAUAAAUCUUCAGACGAGGAAUCUGAAGAUGAAAAGAAGAAAUCUGGCCAGAGAAAUGAACAAGAAGAUGAAGAAGAAAAUGAUGAAGACGAGGAAGCUGAAGACGACUCUGGUUCAGACUCUGAGUUUGAAAUGACAAAGAAGCCACGUUACAGGCAUCGACUUUUGAGGCAUAAACUCACAAUGAGUGAUGGUGAAUCUGGAAAUGAAAAAGAAGCGAAAGUCAAAGAUGGAACAAAGGAAGGCACACGCAAGAGCAGAAGGAAAGUAAGUAGUAACGAAGAAACUACCGAACAGGAGAGUGACUCUGACUUCUCUGAAUCUCAAUCUAGUGAAGAGGAAAGUGAAUCUGAUGAUAAACAGAAACGUCCAAGGACAAGAGCAUCUAAAAAAGAGGCAGAGGAAAGCCAUCGCAGCUAUUUGCAGAAAAAGAAAAGAAGGCGAAUUAAAGUUCAGGAAAACUCAUCAAGUGAAAAGAGCAACUCAGAGAGUGGAAGUAAUAGUGAUAGUGAUAAGAGCGAUGAUGAUUUAGCAUCUCCUGGAAAAGGUCGGAAGAAGAUAAGGAAGAUUUUGAAAGAUGGCAAUUUGCGAACAGAAACUCUAAAUGCCUUAAAAGUCGAGGAAGAUAGAAGAAAACGAAUUGCUGACAGAGAAAAGGAGAGGGAAAAGUUGAGAGAGCAGAUGGAAGUAUUGGAAGGUUUAUCACCUGCACAUUGUUCAAUAACCACUAAACUGGUCCUUGAGGAAGAUAAAGAGACAAAGGAAUGUCUCGUCCAAGUCCAUCGAAAUUUGGUACGAAAAUUGAAACCCCAUCAAGUAGAUGGUGUGCAGUUCAUGUGGGAUUGUUGCUGUGAGUCGAUGAGCAAAACCGUGAAAGAGACGGGCUCAGGCUGCAUAUUGGCACAUUGCAUGGGACUUGGAAAGACACUGCAGGUAGUGACUUUUUUGCACACCAUGCUGUUGUCUGAGAAAAUUGAAUUCACUACUGCUUUAAUUGUUUGCCCACUAAACACUGUUCUUAAUUGGAUCAAUGAAUUUUCAAAAUGGCAGGAAGGACUGGACGAUGAUGAAUGCUUAGAGGUAACUGAAUUGGCGACAGUUAAACGCCCUCAGGAGAGAUCCUACCUUCUUGAAAGAUGGAUGGAGGAUGGCGGUGUCAUGGUUUUAGGUUAUGAAAUGUAUCGUAAUCUUGCACAAGGCAGAAAUGUGAAAAGUAGGAAGAUGAAAGAAAUAUUCCAGAAGACUUUAGUCGACCCUGGACCAGACUUUGUUGUCUGUGAUGAAGGCCAUAUACUUAAAAAUGAAGCUUCGGCAAUAUCAAAGGCAAUGAAUUCUAUCAGAACAAGAAGGAGGAUUAUUCUAACAGGGACACCAUUACAAAACAAUCUUGUUGAAUAUCAUUGUAUGGUGAAUUUCAUUAAGGAGAAUCUUCUUGGCUCAAUAAAAGAAUUCAGAAACAGAUUUAUGAAUCCGAUUCAGAAUGGGCAAUGUGCAGACUCCACUUUAGUGGAUGUAAGAGUAAUGAAGAAACGUGCCCACAUAUUGUAUGAGAUGUUAGCAGGUUGUGUGCAGCGCAAAGACUACACUGCACUUACAAAAUUCUUGCUUCCAAAAUAUGAGUAUGUUCUUGCUGUGAGAAUGAUGCCAAUUCAGUGCAAACUUUAUCAGUACUACCUUGAUCAUUUUACAGGUGCUCCUCAACUUACGAUUGGGUUAUGUUCCGCCAAACCCAUCGUAAAUCGAAAAUAUCGUGUAGGAACUAGUGCUGAAGGUGGAAGGGGUAGAACUGGAACCAGACUCUUUCAAGAUUUUCAAAUGUUGAGUAGGAUAUGGACCCAUCCUUGGUGUUUGCAGUUGGAUUACAUCAGUAAAGAAAACAAGGGAUACUUUGAUGAGGACAGUAUGGAUGAAUUCAUUGCAUCAGACUCUGAUGAGACUUCAAUGAGUCUUUCCUCAGAAGAAGAGAAAAGUAAGAAAAAAAAGCGUGGAAAGAAAAAUGGAAGCAGCUCUAAGGAAAGUGGCAGUGAUAAUGAAGUAGAAGUGAUAAAAGUCUGGAAUUCAAGAUCACGUGGUGGAGGGGAAGGAAGUACAGAAGAUAAAAUUGCAGAACCUACUGUUGCAAAAAUCGAAGAGGUCAUUGCAGUGAAGCCUCCCGCUGGUACUAAUCCAGGAAGUCCUGCUGCUGACUGGUACAAAGAAUUCAUUACUGAUGCUGAUGCAGAAAUACUUACCCAUUCAGGGAAAAUGGCCAUCUUGUUUGAAAUUCUACACAUGUCAGAAGCAAUUGGAGAAAAAGUACUUGUCUUCAGCCAAUCACUGAUAUCAUUGGAUUUGAUAGAAGACUUUCUGGAGAUGGCAAAUAGAGAAAAGUCAGAUGACAAGACUAAUGUUUAUAAAGGUGAAGGGAAAUGGUACAGAAACAUAGAUUACUAUCGAAUGGAUGGAUCCACAAGUGCACAAACAAGAAAAAAAUGGGCAGAAGAGUUCAACGAUGAAACAAAUGUCAGGGGUCGUCUAUUCAUCAUUUCCACAAAAGCUGGAUCUCUGGGGAUUAAUCUUGUGGCUUCCAACCGUGUCAUCAUUUUUGAUGCCUCCUGGAAUCCUUCAUAUGACAUCCAGAGCAUCUUUCGAGUUUAUCGUUUUGGACAGUUAAAGCCAGUCUUUGUGUACAGAUUCUUGGCUCAGGGAACCAUGGAGGAAAAGAUUUAUGAUCGACAAGUAACAAAACAGUCACUUUCAUUCCGCGUGGUCGACCAGCAACAGAUUGAGCGUCACUUCACAAUGAAUGAACUAACUGAACUCUACACUUUUGAGCCAGAUCAGCUGGAUGAUCUAAACACUGAAAAGAAGAAGAAAAGAGAUACUCCAAUGCUGCCAAAGGAUCAUAUUUUAGCAGAAAUACUUAAAAACCAGAAAGAUUACCUUGUUGGUUACCAUGAACAUGACUCGCUUUUAGACCAUAAGGAGGAAGAAGAGCUAUCUGAGGCGGACCGUAAAGCAGCAUGGGCUGAAUAUGAAGCAGAAAAGAAGGGUAUCUCCUUGCGAACUAAUGUUGCGACUGGGAUUAAUUUCCCUGGUGCCAAUUUCACCUUGCAGGCUACACAUUUUCCUUUCAACGUAGCAACUUUGUCGGCAAUGAGUAAUCAACAGCUGGAGGAUCUUAUAAACCAAGGCAGAGAGAAAGUAGUCGAAGCAAGUACAAGCAUAGCAGGUGUGAGAGCAGAGGCUCUUGAAGACCUAAUUGCACAAGUGUGGAAAGAGAAUCCCAGCCUGACUGAAGACCAGGUUCAAGCAGUAUCACUCACCAAACAAGUAACCCAAGAGUUGGAAAUUAAACGAAGAGAAGCUAUGUACAAUGAUAUCCUUUCAAAACAGCAGCUGCUGAUCCGUUCAGUACAGCAAAUAUUAAUGAGCCGAAGGCAGCAUCAGAUUAACCAGAUGGCACAACAGCAACCGUACCCGAUGUCGCCACUUUUAAACCAAUUUAUGGCUGCAAGAAAUGCUGGCCCAAUGCUUAGUUAUCCACACAUCGACCUAAGAGGACUGCCUAUGUAUUCACAAACUGCAUCUGGUAUGCGGCCACCUCCUUUGCAGAGGGCACCACCUAUACCCAUGCAGAUGAAGGGACAGUCUCCUGGCCCCCCACAACUGAAACAAGGAGUACAAAAUUCAAAAAAUUAGCCAUUGUUAUAAGAGAUUUUACCAGAUAACAAAAACAUAAUAUUGUGCCUUUGCUAUGGUAGCAAGCACAUUUCUGAACUGAAAAAAAAACAGGUGACCAAUUUAUAACUGGGACACUACUUGAGUGCAUAGAUUGGUGCUGAGAUAUUCAGUGGUAAUACUGUCAUAGGAGAUUCUGAAGAAUCUUGAAACAUUGUACAUAGCCUGAAGAAAUAUGUGAUUGGUGAGGAAGAGAACCAGUUUUCUUCCACCUUUAUUUUUCCUUAUGCCAUUUUGUUAAAUUUGAUGUAUCUGAGCAAUUUGAAAUGGUUUGGGGAAGUGGGAAGGCCAGAUUCACUGACCCACAAAAACGUCAGUCUUCUCAUUUGCUUAUGAAUAACAGGAAUAAGCCCAAGUUGAUAAAAGGACAAAUCAUUCUUGUUACCCCUUCCAGAAAUAUAAUUGGGUGAUAAUGCUUGAUCAGAGCUAACGUCAAGAUUUUCACCCCAUGUCAACUGAAUUUUUCCAUCUCUUGUUCCAAAACAGGAAAAUUUCUGAACUUCUAAAAGAUUCUAGAACAGGUUAUCUUAGAUGAAUCAAGAUGUUUGCAAGUUUCAUUGGUAAUAGUUAUGAAUGUCAAUUCAUAUUUCUAAAUAAAGCCUGUUUUCUUAGAAAUUGAUGUUGAUUCUUUUGCAGUCCCACUAUUCAGUAUAUUAAUUUAGUGAUUUUUUUUGUUUCAGUCUCUAGUGCAAAUUACAUUGCUUUCAUUCUACAGCCUAAUUAGUUGCCAGCAAACCCAAUUUGGAGUUAAAUUCCUCUUGCAAUUACGUCAAAACUUUUACCUUGGAUAUAAACUUACUGCCUGGAUAUCUUUAAAUGUAGAGGAACUGGAAAGUAUCAUUUAUCAAGUCUUCACCAAAUGUUGAUUCCAUUAAUGUAACUUUGUGUAUAUGUUACUUGGCUGUAAUUGGUCUCUAUCCUAUGUAUGCCAUCCUGUUCAGUCACAUCUCCAUUCUGAUUGUGUAAUUCCUGAUUGCUUAGAAUGACACCUUCGGAUCCUUUCUGGUGCGGGUUUUGCCAGUGUCAGGGAAUUCUCUCUUGACAUCUGCAGAUCUCUGUAGUCAGUGGUCGGCCUCGGCGUGAGCACAAAUUGCUAUUCCUUGUAUUCCUGUGAAUAAAAUGUAACUGUCCUUGGAACAAUUAUUUAUCAGUGUGUUCAGCAACAUUAUUGUACUAACAAAUGAUCUCUUCAUUUAGUCAUUCCCACUGCUAUUAAUUCAUUUCAUUUCCUCAAUUGGAAUAAGGAUCUGUCUCUGAUGAUCAACUAUAUACCUAACUGUCCCAUCAGGACUGAGAUUAACACUUUAUUUAUCCCUGACAACCUUAGAAGCCAGCAUCCAGCUCCCGUGAUUUGCAUUUAUUACUUGCAUGGUAACUAAACACUUUUAUUUUAUGCAGAGAUUACUAUUGCCUGCUUGCUUCUAGAUUUGAUGUUUCAUCUGCUACAGAUAACAGGACCCUAAAGAUUGAAACUGUUGGUUCCCUAAAUUCAUUAAAUUAUUGAAUGUGAUUUGUACAUCUACGCGUAUGAGAGAUAUUUGGCCACAACCUCCAUUCACCGGUCUCCAAGGAAAAAUCUUCUUCUCAGUGCACAGAUGACUAACUUCCUGUAUAGAUUAAACCUGAUCUAAAUCGGUGAUGCUAAACAAUGCGCAUUCUGCUUUUGGCACCAGAAAGCAAUUAUUAAUGUAUCCUACAUUAUUGUCACCAUACACAUAGAAAAUUGAUCAGUUGAAGUCAACCUUCAAUAUCAGGUACAAUCCUUGAGGUCAUUUAAAUCAUCUGAAAGACUGGCUGAGGCAUCUUGCAUUGGUUUUCCAUGAAGAAAAUCUUAACAUUCAUUCCAACUGUUAGAUACUGCUAGGUCAAACUCCUGUUAUAUGUUGUUGAUUUUGUUUUAAUGAGGGGAAGCUCAGUUAUCAACCUAGUGAAGUGCUCUUUUGAAUAAAAGUUUCUACUCAACCAUUUCUAUUACCUUUAAGUAUUACUAAAUAGAGUCAAUUUGUGUUUUGUUUUUAGUUCCAAAACAGGGCUACUUAUCAACAGUUUAUCAGCUAAAAUUUUCUUAGGUUUUAGUGGGGAAACAAAGUAAUGAUGCCAUGUAAAGCCUUGGUAGGAACCUGCUGGAAACCCUGAUUGUCAACUGUGGUAUAUGGUGGAUGCUUCUCUUCAAAGAUUGAAGGACAAGUAAUGUAAAUUUCAGAUUCCUGUCAGGAUGUCUGUUUUCAUAUUUUGUAAUCAUAACAUUUUGUUGCAUAUGUAUGAUUAAAGCAGUACAAGCAUAUUAAUAUGGUAAUGCACAUUUAUUUUGCACCUAUACUGUCAUCCAAAUGUAAACCAAAAAUAAAACUGCUCUGCACUCUGGCUGCAGCUUUGUUAAAAUCAUUAUGAUUUAAAGCUAUUUAGCUAGUGAAAUGAUUUAUGAAAGAUGAAUGUUUUCUAAUUGCAUCAAUGAUUCAUAAGAAUAUGUUCAAAUUACUUGAUUAGGAACUUGCAGCAGCAAAAUGUAACAGUUUCAAGUUACGCUGUUGUGUAAUAUGAAUGGCAGCUAUUUUCUUUCAGUCCAUUGUAUUUCACUAUGCAAUUGAAGCAAAAUAAUAAGCCUCUUGAUCUUAUUGAAGGAUGAGGCUUAUCUGGCUGCUAAUUUAAAAAUAAAAUCCAUUUGCACAGCA